AUGGAAAUGGUAGACAGUUGCCAUUUUUCCCCAUCAGAAUUCUUCUAUGACAGUUCAUGCAUCCCUUCUCCAGAGGAGGAAUUUACAGAUGACUUUGAGCAUGGGAUGUCUGUCUUUGGAGCACACACAAAAGCCUUCCAGGAAUCAGAUGAAGAAGAGCAUGUGAGAGCACCCACCGGUCAUCACCAAGCUGGUCACUGUCUCAUGUGGGCAUGCAAAGCCUGCAAAAGAAAGUCUUCUACAAUGGACAGAAGAAAGGCAGCCACCAUGAGGGAGAGGAGGAGGCUGAAGAAAGUCAACCAUGCAUUUGAAACGUUGAAAAGAUGUACCACUACAAACCCCAACCAAAGACUGCCCAAGGUGGAAAUCUUAAGAAAUGCCAUCAAGUACAUAGAGAGCCUCCAAGACUUACUAAGAGAACAAGUAGAGAGUUACUACAGUCUCCCAGGACAAAGCAGCUCUGAACCUAAUAGCCCAGUGUCCAGCUGCUCAGAUGGCAUGAUGGAAUGCAGUAGCCCCCAAUGGUCCAGGAGGAAUAACAGUUUCGAAAAUACCUACUGCUCUGACUUACCAACAUCAUUUGCUACAAACAAACUCUCAGCACUAUCCAGCCUAGACUGCCUGUCUAACAUAGUGGAUCGAAUCACCUCCACUGAGCAAUGCGUUCUUCCUCUUCAUGACUCCAGCUCCUCUUCUCCCACCAACAGCACUGAUUCUAUGCCCAGUACCCCAGAAACCACAGAUUCCCGACCUAUUUACCACGUGCUCUAA